GAUAAGCGUGUCCCAUCAUUAAUAUUGUUGUGAUUAGUUAUACUCGACGUGAUGCCUGCAAGAGGCAUUGGGACGACAGAUGUGGAAAGUUACCAGUUGACGGCGCUCAGCUGUCAUACUCGACCGCUUGCCGACGUUUUAUGAAUUCCGCUUCUGCUUCGCCUGUGGGAGUACCCACUGCGGCAUUCACGUUUAGGUUACCCACAACCGCUAUGCCAACGUCCGAUAGCUCACCACCGGAGACCAUGCUGACAGAGACCACCGAAGACGCCCCAACCCCUGAUUCUUGCGCAGCUAAUGAGAUACAGUAUCCUGCUUUGGUGGUCCCCAUGCUUCCCCCAUCCGAAAUACGAGAGAUUACACUCGCAGAGGUCCACGGAAACCUUGCCUUUUGGAGGUGGAUUAAUAACAUAGAGGACUUUGUGGAUCCUGUCCUUCCCAUCUCCGAACCUCCGUCCUCUCGGUUACCAGAGACCAUGCUCGCAGAGGCCGCCGAAGACCCAGAUGUCUGGAGCCUCGUUAAUGAGAUAGAGGACUUUGUGGAUCCCGAACUUCCUCUCUGCGUUUCUCCCGCAGACGCCGCCGAAGACCCUGAUUUUUGCAACUUGCCAAUCAGGACCCUGUUGAUAUGUUCUUGGCUAAACAAUUCUUACGCGAGCGCUCUACACCAACGAUCUCCCUCUGAAUUAGCGCCUCUCUCUUCUGCCCCCAUCGACCAUGAGAUGUAGAAUUCGUUUCAUAUUUCACUGCUUUACCAACUAUCUACCAUCCUUUUUGUGUUUUGCUCCUUACUAUCGCCUGCUCACGUAUAGCACCACAUAUUCUUUUCAUACCCUCAUCGACUAUGAGAUGUAGAGUUCAUUUCACAUCACACUGCUUUACCAACUAUCCACUAUCCUUUCUAUGUUUUACUUCUUGCUGCCGCCUAUUCACGUAUAGCACCACACAUUCUUUUCAUACCCUGAUCGACUAUGAGAUGCAGAGUUCAUUUCAUCUUACACCAACUAUCCACUAUCCUUUCUGUGUUUCGCUCCUUGCUAUCGCCUAUUCACGUAUAGCACCUCACAUUCUUUUCAUACUCUACGGCAUAGUGCCCUACCUCUCGUUCAUU